AGACGCGCAGGACGCAGCGAACUGUCCCCUCACGGUCCAGAGGAGGUCCCAGCUUCCACCGCUGCGCGUGAGCCGACCGCAGCCGCGAGCCCGCUUCGCAGCAACUUUCACACAAGAGAGAGGAAAGAAAAACGUCACAGCAGCGGAGGCAGCCCGCUUCUCUGCCCGUCGACCGCAGCCUCUGCCCGGGGACGCGCAGCUCGCGGAGCGCCGGUCUUUCUGGGACUUACCGGAUCACCCGCUCUCCCUUCAGAUGAAACUUUUCCUCACCGACAGGUUCACACUGUAAACGACUCUAAAGAGUGCACUGCGCGGGCAGCCAUGCUGAAGCCAGGUGACCCGAGCGGCUCGGCCUUCCUGAAGGUGGACCCGUCCUACCUGCAGCACUGGCAGCAGCUCUUCCCUCAGGCCCAGCUGAAGGCUCCGCUGGCUCCACCACCUCCCCCUGAGCGCCUCGCCAUUCCUGUGGACACCCUGCGCCCGUCCCGCUUGCACAGCCACCUCCUGGCCUCCACGCACUGCACAUCCUCUUCAUCCUCCUCUUCUUCUUGCACAUCCUCCUCCUCAGCAGCUUCUUCCUCUGCAGCAGCAGCGGUGGCGGCAGCCCUCACCCCGUCCUCCUCCUCCGUCUCCAUUUCUACCUCCGGGGGUCUCUCCCAGCUGCCCCUCCCACAACAGAUCGCACUCUUUGGGCACUCAUUGGCGCCGGUGUGCACCGGCCCUGUAGGACCUGCGGGAGGAGCAGGAGGCGCGGGAGACCUGGUGGUGGUGGUGGUUCCCCCAGAGAGCCAGCAGGGUCACAACCCAGCAGCGGGGCUCCUGCAUCAGGCCAAAGAGCAGAGCUUGGGGGAGGUGACGAGGGGGGGGGUCAAAGGAGCCACGAGCAGGUUCAAGCUGACGUCGGAGGAGCUGGACUACUACCUGUACGGCCAGCAGAGGAUGGAGAUUAUCCCGCUGAGCAACCACGCGGGAGAGCUCAACAACCGUUGCGACAUGUGUGCCGACAACAGGAACGGAGAGUGUCCGAUGCACGGCCCUCUGCACUCGUUACGCCGCCUCGUCGGAACCAGCAGCACGGCGACUCCCAUCACUCUGCCGGACGUCCCUGAUUGGCUGAGAGAUCUGCCCAGAGAGGUGUGUCUGUGCACCAGUACCGUUCCUGGUCUGGGUUAUGGGAUCUGUGCCGCUCAAAGGAUCCCUCAAGGAACCUGGAUUGGCCCGUUUCAGGGAGUCCCCCUGAUGGUGGAUAAACUGCACUGUGGGGCUGUGAGGAAUACCAGGCACCUGUGGGAGAUGCAAAGUGUCAAGCCCGGCUCGUGA